ACCACUACCACGAGUUUGGUUUUUCUAUUUGGAUUUAUUUAUUUUAUUUUGGAGGAACUUGAACGAAACACACACAUUUAAUGGCCCGAAAGCGAAAGAUUCCCGUGCGCAAGCACCACGGCAUUCGCGACCCCCUCAAGCAGCAGGAGCAGAAGGAGAAAAAACUCUCCAAGGUAACCAAUAACCCACCUGUUAAAGUGGACGAUCAGCAGGUGUCCUUCAAGUUCCGGCAGUUCCAGCAGCUGGCCGAUGCCACCAAAACGGGGAAGCGGCUGAAACUGGGACAAAUUGGCCGGGAGGAUCGGCCCAAAUCCGCGCCAGGCGGCAAAAAGGGAGCUACUUCCUCCGCCGGCGCCUCCAAGGAGACGCGUAACAUCAAGCAGUUCGCCAACGAAACGGACGAGGAUUACCUGCGUCGGGUGAACCGCAUAACCAGCGCCUCCGUCCGCGAAGCCCACUACGAGGCCAAGUACGGCGUAAAUGUGAUACGGAAUCCCAAAACAGGCGAGAUUACGGUCCAAAAGAGACCCAAGAACGAGAUUGACGAGCUGCUCAAGCAGAAGCAAAAGGAGCAACGUUUGGCGGGCAAAAAGGGACGCCGAAAGACGCCAAUCCCGCAGAAAUCCACAAUGGAUGCGAAAACCAGCAGGGAGCUGGUGAAACGAGCCUAUCGGGAGGCCCAACAGGAGGUCGAAACGGAGGAGAAGCAGAAUGCCGGGCCCACGGAAUACAAGCGAGAUGUGGUGGCCUUCGGGGAGAUUGUCCAUGCGCCGCCUUCUAUUAAAGUACUGCCACGCAAGGCGGAGAAAAGCGAGACGGUGCCGCGACCAGGACGUAAGGGCAAUUUGCUGCUCAAGAACAUGCUGGAUCCGGAGCAAAAUCAGUCCAAUCAGCAGGAGCAGGAUGAAAGAAGCCGGCUUAAAGUGGCCGCCAAGUCCAAGGGCGCCUUUAAAACGCCCACCAAGGCGCAGAUGAAGGGCAAGCGCAAGGAUCUGCCCCUGGCCACCAGAUCCAUGCUCGAGUCCGAGCGCAAUAAGAUGGUACUACUGUACCGUCAGCUCAAAAACAAAACGACAGCGGAUGCCUGAAGAAUUAGACUAGAUUUCGAAGUUUAAAUCUUAUUUUUUUUAGUCCUAAA